AUGCCCGAGUUUGUUUUUCAUCCGCAAGUCGUACAUAGUUUAUUACUAAGGGAAGUUUUACAGCCUAAUCCUAAGGAGUUUUGGGCUAAGGUUGCUGGCCGUUGCAUACGGUUUAGUGCCGAAGAAUUUUACCUAAUUUCUAGUUUAGAUUGUUUCGGUGAUUGCAACAAGUUGUUGUUUUUACAGGAAACAAAUCAAUCGGUAGAAACAUGUUUCCGUGGUGUAAAAACUAUUGACAACAAAGCCAUCGAGGAUGCUUUUUUGGGUAGUCGGUGGGGUUUGGAUGAGUCUAUUGGUUUGAAAAUGGCUGUUUUGUAUUUCAUUCAGUGUUUUCUUCUUAGCAAUACUCCUGACAAAGAAGUGUCUAGGUUUGUUCUAGAUGUAGUUGAUAGCGGUCGGUGGGAUGAGUAUUGUUGGGGUAGGGAAUCAUUUGAAUUGACAAUUGACUCAUUCAAAGGUAGGAUUGAGCAUGGGAUCAUUAUGAAAAAUAGAAAGGCAGAGAAGGGAGGCCAAUAUGAUGGCUGGUAUAGGGCAUUGGGAUGUCCUUGGGUUUUCACUGUUUGGUUUUAUGAAUGCUGUCCUGCAAUGGUGAACUCUUUCUGUAAGAGAGUUUCAUCUUCUAUUCCCAGGAUUCUGAACUGGAGCAACACCAUCGUCACCAAAAAUCCAACCCUUCGAGACUUGAAGGGCAAGAUUUUUGAUUUACCUUUGGAGAAGUUGAAGAUAAAAAACAUGCGUCCUACUGAUGAAGAGAGGCAGCAGCUUCAACUUGACGGUCUAUUUAUCGAUGAAUCUAUUGAUGAAUGUGGUGUAGCGAAGCAAUCCUUCGAGGGUGGGUCAUCUUCAAAGAAGUCUGAUUCAGCAGAUAUUGAUUGGAUGAAAUCUAAGCUGGAGAUGCUCAUUUCGAAUCAAUCAUCAUUGGCCGAGGACUUCAUUUCAUUGAGGUGUUUUGUUGAUUUUAAUUUCAAAUCCGUAAUGACUGUAAUUAAGGAUAUCCAAGAGAAAGUUAAUGCCAUUCAUCGUCGUCCUUCUGACGAGGGAAAGUCAUCGGAUGAAUUAGUAACUCAAGAUUCUGAUGAUGAUGCUGAUGAUGAUGAUGAUGAUGAUGAUGAUGCCGAGGUUGAUGAGAAGCAAUUGCCUGAUCCAGAAAAUAUUGAUUCCGACUCCGACGAUGGUGGUGAGUUGGUUAAAGUUGGUGGGGAUGCUGAUGAUGCUGACAAGGCUGUUACCGCCGUUCCUUCGCCGAUGUGA